CGCGCUGACGUCAGGCGCGCGGCGUGCGUGCGUGCGUGCGCGCGGCGCCGCGCGCGGGGAGCGGGAGAAGAUGGCGGCGGGGCCGAUCUCGGAGAGGAACCAGGAUGCCACGGUGUACGUGGGCGGCCUGGACGAGAAGGUCAGCGAGCCGCUGCUCUGGGAGCUCUUCCUGCAGGCCGGGCCCGUGGUCAACACGCACAUGCCCAAGGACCGGGUGACGGGCCAGCACCAGGGGUACGGUUUCGUGGAGUUCCUGAGCGAGGAGGACGCCGACUACGCCAUCAAGAUCAUGAACAUGAUCAAGCUCUACGGCAAACCCAUCCGGGUCAACAAGGCCUCGGCCCACAACAAGAACCUGGACGUGGGCGCCAACAUCUUCAUCGGCAACCUGGACCCCGAGAUCGACGAGAAGCUCCUCUACGACACCUUCAGCGCCUUCGGGGUCAUCCUGCAGACCCCCAAGAUCAUGAGGGACCCCGACACGGGCAACUCCAAGGGCUACGCCUUCAUCAACUUCGCCAGCUUCGACGCCUCGGACGCGGCCAUCGAGGCCAUGAACGGGCAGUACCUGUGCAACCGGCCCAUCACCGUGUCCUACGCCUUCAAGAAGGACUCCAAGGGCGAGCGGCACGGCUCGGCGGCCGAGCGGCUGCUGGCGGCGCAGAACCCCCUGUCCCAGGCCGACCGGCCCCACCAGCUGUUCGCCGACGCGCCGCCGCCGCCGUCCGUGCCCGCGCCCGUGGUCACCGCGCUGGGGCCCGGCGUCACCCCUCCAGGCCUGCCCCCCCCGGGCUCCUUCCCGCCGCCGGUGCCGCCGCCCGGAGCGCUGCCCCCGGGGAUGCCCCCGGCCAUGCCCCCGGCUGGAAUUCCAGAUCUAGCUGGAAUUCCAGACCCAGCUGGAAUUCCAGACCCAGCUGGAAUUUUGCCUCCUGGCACCCCUAACUCCGUGCUCCCCCCAGGAAUGCCCCCCAUGCAGGUGCACCACGGGCCGCCUGGCAUGGGGCAGCACCACCCGGGACCACCAGGCUCUGGAGGACAGCCACCCCCCCGGCCCCCCCCGGGAAUGCCACACCCCGGGCCGCCCCCCAUGGGGCUCCCCCCUCGGGGGCCACACUUUGGAUCUCCAAUGGGUCACCCCGGGCCGCUGCCGCACCACGGGCUCCGCGGGCCCCCCCCUCUGAUGCCCCCCCACGGCUACAAUGGACCCCCCAGGCCCCCUCCCUACGGCUACCAGAGGGUCCCACUGCCCCCUCGACCAGCUCAGAGACCCCCUGGAGUCCCCCCUCGUGGGCCCCUGCGAGGACCCCUGCCCUGAGGAGGGGGGGGCUCUCUGCUCCCCGUCCUUCCACAGCCCCUGGUGUCAACAUUCCCCCUCCUGCCAAGGGCUGGGGGCCAUGCCCUGCUCCUCCCUUCCCUCCCCAUUUCUUCCCCUCAUUUGUUUUUAUAGUGUUGAUUUUCCUCCCUCUCCCCAUCUCCUGUUUCUCUUCCCCUGGAAGCUUUUCCAAGUUUCUUUUUACAGGAUUUUGUUGGUUUUGUAUGGAAAGCAGUGGCCACCCACUUGCAAAUAAAGGAUUUGGAAACCAAAAGUG